AUGUGUGAGGAAGUGGUGUUGUUUGGGUUGACCCCGCAUGCGGUGGGGAUUUGGGUGCGGUGCUGAGUUAUACGUGUUUGGUGACAUUUCGUUGGUAGAAGAAAGUACCCUUGUGGCUUUACUGAAAGUAUUGUAUUUUAAACAUUUUUUCCAUCUGUAACUACCAGAGACGUGAUUUUUGCUGAGGUUUUCUUCAGAGGGUUUCUGGAGUUCGCCAAAAAACGAAAUGUCGCACACAAUCCUUCUGGUGCAGCCGAGUGCCAAGGCCGAGUCCCGGAGCUACUCAGACUACGAGAGUGUCAACGAGUGCAUGGAGGGUGUGUGCAAGAUAUAUGAGGAGCACCUGAAGAGGAUGAAUCCCAACACACCAAGCAUCACCUAUGACAUAAGCCAGCUGUUCGACUUUGUCGACCAGCUGACGGACCUGUCCUGCCUGGUGUACCAGAAGAGCACGAACACCUACGCGCCGUACAACAAGGACUGGAUCAAGGAGAAGAUUUACAUCCUUCUGAGACGACAGGCGUCCAAGGCCCAGUGAUGGGGCGAGCGCAGCUGACGAGGCGCAGGCCCGCGGCGUGGCUCGGCCAGACCCGCCUGCUGGCACCGCAGCUGUGCGCAUGCGCCGUUCUGUGACAGGUCACGUGCUGGCCGGUGCUGCCGCCGGUCCCAGCCGAGCGGGCCGCCGCGCCGGCGGGCGCUGGGUCACGUCGCGUUCUGGUCUUUGGCCGGCGCCGCACCUCUGUGUGUGUGUGUGUGUUCACUGUAAGCCCGGCGGGGCUGCGGCUGCGGCACAACACAGUGUGCCGUCUCCGGGCAGGGGUGGAGAGACGCGGGGCCGGGCAAGGGAGGGGGGCAUUGAGACGCACUUAUUCCGGAUUCAGAGGAGAGCAAGGUCCGGACGUGCACAUCUGUCAUUGUAAUAAAGGUUAAAUAAUUCAUCUCGUAUUGGCACGAGUGGAGAGCACCGUUAUAAUUUCAACGCCUAGGAGCCGUGGCAUCUUCAAUACAAGGAGCGCCUUCAUCGU